UGCGGACCGCACGGCGAUGACUACGCCGGCAGGCUCGGGCACGGGCUUUGGCUCUGUGUCCUGGUGGGGCCUGUCCCCGGCAGUGGACCUGCAGGCUGAGAGUCCUCCUGUGGAUCCAGAUUCGCAGGCUGAUACAGAGCACGAGACCCCCGAACUAAAUGUCCUGCUGUUGGGUUCCGUGGAUGGGCGGCACCUGCUACGGACCUUGGCCCGGGCAGCUCUCUGGCCUCGAAGGAGGUUCCACUUUUAUGUGCUGGAGAAUAAUCUGGAAGCUGUAGCCCGACAUGUGCUGAUCUUCAGCCUAGCCCUGGAGGAUCCUGAGAAGAUGGGGCUGCAAGAGAGAAGCGAGACCUUCCUGGAGGUGUGGGGGAACGCGCUGCUGCGCCCCCCUGUGGCCGCCUUCGUGCGCGCCCAGGCCAGCCGCCUGGCUCACCUGGUGCCGGAGCCCGACCGCCUGGCGGAGCAGCUGCCCUGGCUCAGCCUGGGCGCCCUCAAGUUCCGCGAGCGCGACGCCCUGGAGGCCGUGUUCCGUUUCUGGGCCGGAGGGGAGAAGGGGCCUGAGGCUUUCCACAUGAGCCGCCUGUGGGACUCGAGGCUGCGCCAGUACCUGGGCUCCCGGUACGACGCCCGGCGCGGCGUCAGCGACUGGGACCUGCACAUGAAGCUGCACGACCGCGGGGCCAGAGUCAUCCACACCCGCGAGUUCAGGCGCUGGAGGGACACGGGCGUCGCCUUUGAACUCAGAGACUCCAGCGCCUAUCACGUGCCCAACCGGACCCUGGCGUCCGGUCGCCUCCUGAACCACCGCGGAGAGCGCGUAGCAGCGCGCGGGUAUUGGGGGGACAUCGCCACGGGGCCCUUCGUGGCCUUCGGCAUCGAAGCGGACGACGAGACCCUCCUGAAGACCAGCAACGGGCAGCCGGUCAAGACCGCGGGCGAGAUCACCGAGCACAACGUGGCGGAGCUCUUCCGAGAGAUGGCCGCCUGGGGGCGCCCGAGAGCCGCCCAAGGGGACUCGGAGCAGGUGCAGGGCGGCGCGGAGGGAAGCCCGGAGCACGGUACCCCAGCAGCCCCUGCCCCAGAGCCCUUCACUGUCCACUUCCUGUCCCUCGGUUCUGCCCACACUCUCCACCACAAGAGCUGCUACAAGGGACAGUUCCAGCUUCUCUACGUGGCCUGUGGGAUGGUCCAUCUUCUCAGCCCCGAGUUGGGGGCCUGCGUGGCCCCCGGAGGACGCCUGAUUGUCGAAUUAGCCCAGUUCCUAGUGGACCUGCGGCAGGAGCAGCUGCAGGCGUUCUCCAGCCGGGUCAGGGAGCUAGCACAGGCGGCUGGAUUCGCCCCCCACUUGGGGGGCAAGCCCUCGGACACCUUCGCGCGCUUCUACAAGGCCGGGGACUCAGCUCCCAGCCACGAGGACCCGGCUGUGGAAUCUGGGACUCCGCCCCCUGAAUUCCUGGCCCCGCCCAUUGAGGCAACCGACCCACCUCGUGAGGAUAGGACCCAGCCCCUUGUACCGGGGACCCCACCCUCUGAACCCCUCAAAUUGACCUCAGACUCUCAGGCUUCACUCUUGGAGGCUUCAGUUCCGCCCACAGGGAAUCAGGCCCCUAAAUCAGAGAAUCGGACUGUUCCUCCAGAGACCAAGUCCCCCACCCCCGAAAUCUAAAGUCCGGUCCUAGAAUGAGAACGCGCUUCUAGAAUGCUCAGUUACACUCUCAACAGUCUCACUCAGCGCCAGAGGUGUCGCUAGCAUUUCGGAUUCCAUUCCUGGGAUUCUAUAUUUAUUCCUGGAAUUCUAGACUGUUCUCUUGAGUUCUGCCUUUCACUCCCAGACUCUGAAAACAGCCUGGAGAUCUAGCCCUGGGGCUCUGCUCAGGCCCUCU